UUUGUCAUUUCGCCCGUGAAAACUGUUGUUGGGUUUGGUUAUAUGUUGAACGCCACUCGCAUAUGCUUCCUUUGCUACGCAUCAAGCUCAAGAGUUCUCUUCACACAUCUGCUACAACGGUAAAUAUAAUGUAAUUGGCGAUAUGACGUCUUCAGCUCAAGAUCCAUUUUACAUUGUAAAGGAGGAGAUCCAAGAAUCUAUUGACAAGUUGCAAUCUGCUUUUCAUCAAUGGGAACGCAAUCCUUCAGAUAGUGGAGAGCAGCAUCAUCUCACAAAGGAGCUCCUUGCUAGUUGUGAGAGCAUCGAGUGGCAGGUGGAUGAAUUGGACAAAACAAUUGCUGUAGCGGCUAAGGAUCCUGCUUGGUAUGGUAUUAAUGAAAUCGAACUUGAUAAAAGAAAAAGAUGGACCAGUAUUGCUCGUACUCAGGUGGGUAAUGUGAAGAAAGCAGUAGUAACUGGAAAAGAAUUGAAUGGUACAAGCACUUCUAACAUGAAUGGGAUGCGCAGAGAACUUAUGCGGAUGCCAAAUUCUCAUCAGUCAGACAGAUCCAACCAGUACAUUGCUCAAGAUAAUGAUGAUUUUAUAUCAUCGGAAUCAGACAGGCAGCUACUUCUCAUCAAGCAACAGGAUGAAGAGCUGGACGAGCUUAGUGCAAGUGUGGAGAGAAUUGGAGGCGUUGGGCUUACUAUACACGAAGAACUCCUUGCACAGGAGAAGAUUAUAGAUGAUCUGGGUUCAGAGAUGGACAGUACCUCAAAUCGUCUUGAUUUUGUUCAGAAAAAAGUCGCUAUGGUUAUGAAGAAGGCUGGUGCCAAAGGUCAGAUUAUGAUGUUACUGUUUUUGGUGGUCCUCUUUAUUGUCCUGUUUGUUCUAGUCUUCUUAACCUAAGCUCAAAGUGGAAGAAAUUAAUUGGAAAGUGAUUAUACAUCGGAGACGGUUUCAAUCGUUUGUAAGGGAUGUAAAUGCAUUGAAUGGUGAGCUUGGUUGGUUGAAUAAUUGUUACCUAGAAAUGUUGAAUGGACAAAAAUCUGAAAUUUUGAAAGUCGUUUAUGAUUUUGAACUUGUACAAUUGGUGUGAACCACUUCUUUUGAGUUAUAAAAUGUGAUUAUAACAA